AGUUUGUUUUAAAUACUUAGCUGUUGAAAAUUACCUCUUUAGUUAAAUAUCAGAGGAAUGAGUCUAUUCUUAUUAAAGAUCAUUCUUGCUCAUAGAAUAGAGUUCUAUUAGGUUUAGGUUUUACUUAUCAUGGAUUGAUAAAAUGUAUAAGCCAGGUUAGCAUUUGAAGGAUCUGAAUGGCAAAAUGAAGAAUAAUCAUUUAUAAAGCAAGUGACAAUUACAAAGUGAGUGGCAAAUAUGAUUCUUAAACAUUUAGGGGGGGGGCGCUAAACUCUUUAGUUCAUCAAUUCAUUCAUGAAAUUUUAGAUUCUUCCCCAAUCCAUAAAUAUUAUAUUAAAAAAAUCCUACUUUAAUAGUACUACAAAUGAUAACAUCCACCUUUGAAGGUUAAUACUGAUCAUUUUGGAAAACCUUGCUUUUUUAUAAGGCAGGCAUUAAUCAACCACAUUGAGACUGUACAAUUGACCCACUGAAACGUUUUUAUCCGCGCUCUUCUGCUCCUAGGACCGGUCUUCCAACCUCUUCGCUUUCAAUUUCCCCGCUCUCUUUUUUGCAGCCAACCAGCGGAAGCGACUCGGGACAACCAAUCAAGGCUCCCUUUCGCAUCUCCGACAGGGAACGCGCCUCCUCUUGCCCCCCAUAGGCGCCUGCGCAGUCGUCGCUACGCCGCUUCGGAGGUGUGGGCAGGCCGGGCCCGUCGAUUGGUUGGCGCGUUUGUUUGGGAGACCUUGGAGGCCUGGCCGGUCGCGCGGGGCCACAUCGUUAGAGCCUCCAUGAGCAGGUGUUGUCCACCUGUAGCCUCGGUCGUGAGGGGACUCCUCGGCUCCGUUUUUUUCUGCCUGACACGGACUAUGAGCCUCCGAGGAAAUCCGGCUGCCUACCUGUCGGGGGCCGCGAGCAGCAGCAGCAGCGGCGGCAGCGGCAGCGGCAGCAGGGCGGGCUGUGACGAAGGAGGCAGCGGAGGGAGCGCCUUCUUCCUGCCCUCGACCUCCUCGCCGCAGCCGAGGCUGCUGCGGCUGUCGGAGGUGCCGGGCGACGAGCCCUUCAAAGCCAACGACGCGCUGCUGCACCUGCCCCUUUCCGCCCCCGCCACGGGGCAGGCUCAGCAUCACGUCGUCUACUUCCCGGGGGACGUGCAGAACUAUCAUGAAAUUAUGGCUUGUCAUCCAGAGAACUUCCAGUGGAAACAAUGGUGCUUAGAAAAUGUUGCAAUUAUUCUUGGUCAUCGUUUUCCAGGCAGUUACAUUUGGAUUAUAAAAUGUUCCCGUAUGCAUUUGCACAAGUUCAGCUGCUAUGAUAAUUUUGUGGCAAGCAAUUUAUUUGGAGCACCUGAACACAGUACUGACUUUGGAGCCUUCAGACACCUUCAUGCCCUGCUAGUUAAUGCAUUUAAACUUGCUCAAAAUUUUUUGGUGUCUCAGAAAAGCAUGUACGAUUUCAGUGACAAUACAAAGGCUGUUUCUUGUGAAUUACCUACUUUUGCAACUAGUAAUGGUUGCCCAGCAGCAGAGAAAUACUGUGAACAUGUUAGCAAUUCUGCUUUGAGCUUUAAUGAGCCUUCUGCUAUUGGUAGAGCUUCAUUCACAUUAAUAGGAUUCAGUAAAGGUUGUGUUGUCUUGAAUCAAUUACUUCAUGAACUGAAAGAAGCAAAAAAGGACAAGGAUAUAGAUGCUUUUAUACAAAAUAUAAAAGCUAUGUACUGGUUAGAUGGCGGUCAUUCUGGAGGAAGUAAUACUUGGGUAACGUACCCUCAUGUGCUGAAAGACUUUUCACAGACUGGAAUUUCAGUUAAUGCUCAUGUCACACCGUAUCAGGUAUUUGAUACAAUGAGAACAUGGAUUGGAAAAGAGCACAGAAGAUUUGUACAACUUCUUGAGGAAUUUGGUGCAAAUAUAAAUAGCCAACUUCAUUUUGCUGAUGAAGCACCUUCGUUGGACAAUCACUUCAAAGUGCAUGAAGUAUUUUGAUAUGUCAAUAAUGCCAGUAUACUGUCUCUGCAAAAUGGAUCUUAAACUUCAAGUUAAUAAUGUUUUCUUAACACAGGGAAGAGGAAAUAUAUGCUUUCUAAGAUGUUUAUUCGUCUACUGCUUGUAACUGAAGUCACCAGAAAGUUGGCUUUUUGAUCUGAACAAGGCAAUAUUAUCCAUGAGGAAAACCAAUUUAAGAGCAAAAAGGAGAAAAAAACUUAAUUCAGAUUAAUGUUAUAAGGAAAGUUUGUGUAAUUGUCUAGAAUUAUAAUGAGCAAAACUUUCAAGCCUAGGUAUAAAAAGAUUAUCUUCAGAUUCUUCUAAUUUGAUGAAAUUGAAGUUUUGUUUUUGAAUAAAAUCCUAUUAUUUAGAUGGGAUAAUUAUUAGAAUAUCAAAGCCACUCUAAACAUUAUUUAGUACUUUAGCACAAGCAAUGCAGUAAAUUGAUUAUUUUGGCAGUAUUUAUCUUCAUUGCAAUAAGUAUAUAUUAACCUUGGGAAUAAGGUGAAUAACUACUGUACUGUUGUGCCAGAGAUGCCCUGCAGUUUCUAACAGUUGAAAGCAUCUACAGAUGUUGUAUUUUUGUUUUCCUUUCCGGGGGCGGGCAUUGGAAGAGAAUUGAACAACUUUGUGUGUGUGAGACCAAAAAUGUUCACUCUCACACGGUUCAACAUUCCAUAUUAAUGGUAAAGCUUAACUAAUGCUCAAUACAAUUUUGAGCUUUUGUAACUUGAGACUGUUAGAACUUUUAUAACAACUGUAAUUAUUACUUUGCUGAAUAUAAAGCCAUGUAAUUACAUUAUAUUAAUACUGUAAGUUUUGGAAAAAUGAUAGUAGCAUAUAGUUACUAUUUAUAAUGCAGAAAUAUCAAGCAGCAUUCUCUAUAAAAUGGCAACUAUGUGAGAGAAGAAUCACUACAGUGUAAAACAUUUUGAUGUUUCUGUUAGUUAAAAAUUAAAUUAUUAAUCCAUCA